GGAAACAACGGAUAUAUUCACCCAAACAUGUUUGACUCAUACAUUUUUGGGCACCAAAAUCGGCGACUAGCAGACGUAUCAGAAAGAAUGUCAGCCAGGCUUCUUCAAAGACGCACCAUCCAGUGACAAGUGUGAGCAGUGUCCUGCCAACACCCAGAGGCUGGACCCUGGGGCUUUGUUUUGUCCCUGCAUGGAUGGCUUCUACCGUGCUCCCAGUGACCCCCCUACUGGACCCUGCUCAGGCCUCCCCUCCGCACCACAAGACCUCAUAUCCACCACCACCCAGCUCUCGGCUGGAAAACUCCUCCUCUCAUGGAGCCCGCCUGAAGACACCGGUGGUCGAACCGACAUCACCUACAGCGUUGAAUGCCAGCGCUGCGAGGGCAUUGUGUGCCAGGCCUGUGGAGAGAAAAUCCGCUACGAGCCGGCCAACACCGGCCUGACCCAAACCAAAGUAUCCGUGAGCGAGUUGGACGCUCACCCUCAAUUACACCUUUACUGUGGAGGCACAUAG